AUGCAAUCUCAAGUCAGCAUCCUAGUACCACCAAGCAACAUGAACCAAGAUCGCUCCCGAGAGGAGUCCAAAACCCCACUUUUCGCCCAACUCGGCGAAUUUUCAAAGCUACCACCAGAGCUACGCUUUCAGAUAUGGAACUAUCUCUUCGACGAUUUCUUCAAGAACAUGAGCGUACCCCAUGGUCUGUCCAUCCUUUCUUGCAAUCGAAACCUCAACAAGGAGACAACUCGUAUCCUAUACGAACAUCGCGUCCUCUCUCUUACUAUCGCGAUUGAUUGCUCGCCUGAACGAAUACUGGAAUUCUACGCUAUCGUGGAUGCAGCAAAGGGCGCGGGAAAUCUAAUUAGUGUCAAGCAGAUAGAAUUGAGCUGCCUUGAUGAUAUCCUUCGACUUAUCCGAUAUUUUCCAAGCUGGAGAUUCCAGAAAUGUGGGCCGUGGAUUAACGUCGGCUACCUAUAUUCGCGAUCGCCCAGCGAAGAGUUGGAGCUGUGGGAGUGUGUUUUCAGGAUCGUCGAAACUUUGAAACUCAUACCGAACGGCAAAAACAUCACAUACAAUACUUUCCAUCCCUACUUUCUAACCCUAAAGAGACGACUGGAACUAACAAAUAGCGGCGUGAUGAAGGACUGGUUUAAUGAAAGAUUCCCGGGGCAGCCUUUACCACCUCGGUCCUGCCAUCGUCCAGACACUCUUGAUCACGAUUAUAGCCCCGGUCCAUACCUAAUCAUUCCGGUCCACUACUAUACGGUAUUGCGGGCCAUGCAUUCUGUCGAGCUAAAGCAACAGGAACGAGAUAAGCCAGAGGCUGAGUUAUGA